AUGGUCACGCCCGCUACUGACCAAUCUGACUCUGACAUGAGUGAUCUCCCAGGUCUCUUCGUAUCGCCACCCAAGGACGACACCUCGCCGACCGCACCGGACACGCCGACGCCAGCCGCCCGUGCGCCGUCACCGGCACCCCGUGCUCCAUCUCCUAUCCCAGAGCCGGCAGUUAUACCCGCAACAUCGCAAGUCCAUGUUCCCCGUGCUCCGUCGCCUGCUCUGAGGGCCCGCUCUCCUUCCCCAGCACCCAGCACGACCUCCUCUUUCGGUACGCCCGAUCUCUCUCGGUUGAAGCCCGACGACGCCUCCGACUCGGAAGUGAUCGUGACCGAGGAGCCGACGCAGACGCCCGACUCCUCCUGGGGUCUUGCCCGCAACCACUCCAGUCUGCGCCUCUACCUCGCAUCGCGGCACAAUCCCUUCCUCUCCUCGCUCUCGUCUCCGGGGUCGCCCUCCCCCUCCCGUCCGCCCUCGCAGCCAUCGCAGCCACCCUCGCCGACGACUCCUCGCCCGCCAAGGGCGAAACGCACCAAGGUCACUGAGGAGGGCGAAACGCUGCUACGCCGCAUGCAUGCACACCAGGCGCAAGUCGUACACCUGCGUGCCCAGAAGGCGGAGCUGCUCGCCGCCUACGCGGCCUGGAUGCAGGUCUACGAGGCGAGUCCGGGCAAGGACGCAAAGCUGUGGAAAGUGCUGUGGGACGCAUUCACGGCCCUCGAUGGCGCGCCGCAGGUCACGAGGGCGCAGAGGCGGAUGGAGAAGGCCGAGAAGCUCGAGAGGCUGGAGAGGGAUAAGCAGAAGCGAUGGGCGCCGAAGAUUCUCGCCGGUGACGAGAUGCUGCGGACGCUGCUCUGCGUCUUGCUCCUGUGGCUUGUUUGGCGGAUUGGCGUCGAGUCGCGAUAA